CAUGGCUUUUCUUGACUUCAUGAGUGCAACGAGAAGACGACACGCAGAAACUCUGCAACUACCUUCGACUUUUUCUGGAAUGUUCCCAACCUAUAUUUACAUACAAAAGAAAAAUGGCGCCAUUUAUUUUGGAUAUGUGAAUAAAUAUGGCCGCGGAGCUCCAGAAUGGACUAAAAACCGAGAAUUUAUUGUCAAUAAUGCAGUAGAAGAUGUUUUCGUAAAAAUGCCCAAUGGUAUAAAUUACAUUGCACUUAUACAUCCCUCACAAAACGUGACUACUGAUAAUGAACAUCGUCGAGAACAUCGAUGUUUCAUAUUAUACGAAGGUUCCCAUAUUUUAGUAACAGAUCUUCAGCCUGUCAAUGAAAUCCGACGGCCGAUUACUAGUCCCAUUGGCAUUCAGGUACGAAUGCCAGAUGAACAUAAUCGGCAUUAUCUGGGAGGACUCGAACAUUACAACGGCCCUCGUCUUAACUGGUUCAGACUUUAUUAA